AUGGCAACAGAAACCUCUAGUCAACCUGAUACCAACGCUGAUACUCCUAGUCAAACGGUAGUAACCUCAAGUAUUGUGGUCCCUUCCACGUCUACUGCCAAGCGCUCGAGUCGUAAUGAUGCUUUACCUAAGCGACGUGCAAGCAGUGAUUUCUCUAGACAUAAUACGGAAGAGGCAAAAAGACCUCGAUUGAAUAUUACUAGCAAUGAAGCUAAGAAGCGAGGACAAAGAUUAUUUGGAGUAUUAUUAGGCACCUUGACAAAAUUUAAAACCGAAAGUCAAAAUAAAUCUGAAGCCGAAAUCAAACGUGAACAAAUUGAUCAAAAACUUCAAGAGAAGUUAAAAAAGGAUCACGAUGAAUUGAAAGAAUGCUGGAAGAAUCAAAAGAGAAAUCUAGCCAACUUUCUCUGCACCACUUCCGAACCUCCAUUAUAUUAUCUUCCAGCUAGAUUGUCUCAACCAAUGCUGGAGACUAUAGCGGUACAAAAACGCCAUUUAGCGUUAACACUUUCUCCUUCAAUACAACCAGAUAUACCAGAUGUAAUCUUAACAAACGAGAAAGAAAAUAAUGCUGAAGUAACAGAUAUCAUAAUGAUUGAACAAUCCAAUGUACUGGAUCAAAACAAGGAACUAAUUGAGGAAAAUCCAAAUGAUACAAAAGGGGAAUCAGCACAGUCGGAAUUGAAAGUUCUAAAUCCUUCCGAGAAAGCUAAAGAAAAAGAUCAGGAGGAUAUUAAUAUAGCGGAAACGAUGAAAAACAAUGUAGAGGUGCCAAGCAAUAAUGAAGAUGACUGUACAGAUACGAAUGAUGCGAUACAUGAAAAUACUCCGACCAAGGAUGUUGUAGAUACGGUUGAUAGCAAGGACGAUCCAGUAGAAUAUUAA